CGAGCAACAAAUCCCAAAUUUUAAAAACUCAGGUGUCACAGCAAUAGCGUCUCUGGCCGAGGCUCGCUGAAUAAAGAUGCACAUGGACUUGGAGAGACAAAGCAGCACUCAAAUCAGAUGACUCAGAAGAGGAGAAAGAAAGCCGAUUUUUAAUCCUAGGUCAGCAGUUUGGACAGUGUGAAUGAUGUGAGUCAUCAGAUUGCAAAGGCCAAAGUCAAUUUUCAGACAUGGAGGUGCUUUUCCUUUGUGUCUGGAAUCUAUUGGUAGAUGAACCUUGAUGUCAGCAUGGGGCCAAACAAGCCAUAAAUGGUUUUGCUCCACUCACCUGACUUCUGUCAGCAUGCCAAUACAGCAUAGAUGACUUACCCUUUAAAGAGACAUAACUGGGAACUAACAUGGUCCAAUGAUGUAGCAGCUACAGGUGACUUACAUGUGGCCUCUGAUUCAAGACAGUCCAACCACGGUCAGUAUGGAAGUGCAGACAACCUCUCUGGUCUGGAUAUAUGUUAACAGGACAGAACAACUAAACACUUCAGAUGAAUUCAACACUACGGAUUUGAUUGAAAACUCAGACAAAUACCAAUCUUACAUAAUUGGUCUCUUCCUUUCCUGCCUGUACACCAUCCUCCUCUUUCCUAUUGGAUUUAUUGGUAACAUCUUAAUCCUGGUGGUAAACCUGAAUCACAGAGAGAAGAUGACCAUCCCUGACCUUUACUUUGUUAAUCUGGCCGUAGCUGACCUCAUCCUGGUGGCAGAUUCCCUCAUCGAGGUCUUCAAUCUGAAUGAGAAGUAUUAUGACUAUGCCGUCCUCUGCACCUUCAUGUCCCUUUUCCUGCAGGUCAACAUGUACAGCAGCAUCUUCUUUCUCACAUGGAUGAGCUUUGACCGGUACAUUGCCUUGGCUAGCUCCAUGAGCAGCAGCCCACUGAGGACUAUGCAGCACGCCAAGCUCAGCUGUGGCCUCAUCUGGAUGGCCUCCAUCCUGGCCACCCUUCUCCCCUUCACCAUUGUGCAGACCCAGCACAGGGGUGAGGUGCACUUCUGCUUUGCCAAUGUCUUUGAGAUUCAGUGGCUGGAGGUAACCAUUGGCUUUUUGGUGCCCUUCUCCAUCAUUGGCCUAUGCUACUCUCUGAUUGGGCGCAUCCUCAUGAGGGCCCAGAAGCACCGUGGAUUGUGGCCACGGCGGCAGAAAGCCCUGCGCAUGAUCGUGGUGGUGGUUAUGGUGUUCUUCAUCUGCUGGCUACCAGAGAACGUCUUCAUCAGCAUCCAGCUGCUGCAGGGCACAGCUGACCCAUCGCAGAGGACUGCUACCACCCUGUGGCAUGACUACCCACUCACAGGCCAUAUUGUUAACCUGGCAGCUUUCUCCAACAGCUGCCUCAACCCCAUUAUCUACAGCUUUUUAGGAGAAACCUUCAGGGACAAGCUGCGUCUCUUCAUUAAGCAGAAGGCCAGCUGGUCAGUGGUGAACCGCUUCUGCCACCAUGGCCUCGAUUUACACCUCCCCGUCAGGAGCGAAGUGUCAGAGGUGUGA